UACAACGCGGGCAAUUUCUUUAAAAUGUUGCAAGUUAUAUUUAUGGAAUUUUUUCAGAAAUUUUUUCUAUUUAUGUUUUGAGCUGUUUAUGGUUGCGACAAACUAAUUUAUUCAAAUGUUGUUUAAUUAUUCACAUAAAGUAUAUUGUUAUUGUUAUUAUUAAUUUUUAAGAUUCUUCAGAAAGCAAAACAAUUCAACGCUUCGCCAAAUGCAGUGAAUUUUUGUGCACAUGAAUCAAACGAAAUGUGGCUGAAUCGAAAUUCUUGAAUACGAAUACCAUAAAUAUUGAAUGUAAUUUAAGCCACGUCUUGACGCCUCAAUAAACAUAAACUAACAAGAAUCUCGAUUAGCUGACCUGUUUUCGAUUCUAAUCUCAACAAGAUUUGUCAUCAGCCUCUUUAAACAAUAAAGCGAUCACUAAGGCAGAUUGUUUGGUGAUACAUUGGGCUGUUUAAAAUUUUUUAUACUUAUAAUCAAAUGAUCACGUUUUAGAAAAUCUUGUGCAAGAAUUGUGGAAAUAUUUUGUUUUCUAUAAGAGGCCAAAAAUAGAACAACAAUAAUUACAUGAAUAGCAAUAAAAAUAAAAGUUUUAUUUAUAAUUCACGAUUUUCUGGCUUGAUGACGAUAUUGCUCUCGUAAGUUGUUGAACAGAAAAAAAAUGCCAGCUAUCUUUUAUCGCCAUCAUUCAUUAUUCAGCAAAUAUGUUCAUUGCGUUAAAUCGUCUUCAAAGAGUUGUUGAUCUUCAAUGCAGAACGGUCAGCAUUAAACAUGGCAUCAUCAUCAUCAUUGAUCAACGUGAAUUCAUUUAAAUUUAUGGUCAUCAUACCGGCAGCCGGUUCAAGUGAACGUUUUUGUGCUUCCAAUUCUUCAUCGAUGAUUACCAAUGAAGCAUCGACGAAAAAUAGAACUCGAUCACAAUCGUUGCCACCAUUUUUCAACAAAAAAUCAACAUCAUCAUCUUCGACGGAAAAACAAUAUACGGUCAUCUGUAAUAAGCCACUCAUCUAUCACACAGUGGCCGCUUUUCUAAAGUUAAAAUGGAUCGAUCACAUUUUGGUGAUGACAGCACAAAAUUCCAUGCCUCAAAUGCAAGAGAUUUUGUUAUCGUUGGCUAAACAACAGCAAAAACGAUUCAAUAUAGUACCCGGUGGUUCAAGUCGUCAUCGUUCGAUUAAAUUUGGCCUUGACUUUAUCGAAGCAAAACGAAUACAACCCGAUUUUAUCAUCGUACAUGAUGGAGCGCGACCUUACCUAGAUGAACAGGUUCUCCAUCGUUUAGUCAGCGAAUGUUAUCAGCACGGUGUGGCAGGUGUAUUUUGUCCUCUCACAUCGACAAUCAUUGAGCCACAAAAGGAAACAUUCAUGUUGAAUCGAGUUCUGGAUCGUUCUCGAUAUGUGGCGAGUGAAACGCCACAAGCUUUUCGUUAUAAUUUAUUGGUCAAUGCAUAUCAGAAAUGUUCGACCGAUGAUCUGGAUAAUAAUACGGAAUGCUUAGAUCUAGUCAAACGAUAUUGCAAAUUUGAUGCUAAACUAAUACCAGUCGAACCUUCUCUUUAUUUUAAAGUCACAUACCGAAAAGAUAUUUAUGCAGCUGAUCAUAUCUUGAAAGAACAGCGAAAUAUUCUACUCCAUUGCGAUUUUGAUUGUGAAAAGCCUAAUGUUAAUUAUAAAUUCAUCAAGGAACUUAAAGAUGAUCUGAUAUCUAGCUUUGUCAAUGUGAAAUAUUUUUCUGAUUCUGUAAAGCUCAAAAAUACAUUGGUUGCUCAUUCUCCUGGAACGGUUCACGUAUUGUUACAUUAUUGUGAAAAUUGGAGCCGAGUUAUCGAACAAAAUUUGGCUGCAUAUGAAAAUCUGGUCUAUAUUGUGGUCAAUUCAGAUACCGAUGAGCAUAAUCUCAAUGAUUAUGCCUCUAACCGUUUGUUAAAAUGGGCUCGUUCAGCUAAAUCGAAAGAAAUUCGGAAUUUCUAUCUAAUAUUCGCUCAUCUCAAGGAUUUGGACCAGGAAAGUUCACGAAUUCGUAAUAUUGCCGUCUACCUGAGCAAAGAGCUACCAUUUGAAUUUUCAGGGCAAACUUUUUUCAUCUAACAUUGAAAACAAAAAAACAAUUAACACAGACAGAACAUUCCAGAAUGAAACAUUUUUUAAUUCCCAUUAAAUCAAUUUUUCUUUUUUUUUUGUUGAUUCACAGGAGAAACAAAUAUUAAUUUAAUAAAUAUAAAUAGAAUCAUACA